UCACUAUUAACACUUGCUACGCAUGAGUCGUUAAUGCCUAUAGCUUCUAGCUAUCUCGUUCACUAGUAAAGAUGCCCUACCCUCUCACUCCCGUACGUCCCAAACGGUGAUUCAUUCUAAUUGCCAGAAAACCCCCACCAUGGCCACCAAAGCCGGCCUCAAAGCCGCGAAGGCUGCCCUGGACGCCGGAAACUACCCCGAGGCUAUAUCCCAAGCCAACAAGGUCCUCAAUCUGGACGCGCAGAACUACUUCGCGAAGCUGUUCCUAGGCCGUGCUCUCGACAAGUCUGGCAAAACGCAAGAAGCCGCAAAAGCCUACGAGACCGCGACACAGAUCAAACCCGACGACCUUCAAGCAUGGAGGGGAUUGGAGGGCGUGUUAGAGAGCCAGGGUCCCGCUGGAGUGGACGAAUACAUACCCGUGGGGCUUCGCCUGGCUGAGAUCUACGCCGCUGCAGAAGACGCACACCGUGCCCAGAGUAGCAUCGACAAGCUCGUCGACUUCGCCUGUAAGCACGGCACCAAGGCCCAAUACGCCAAAGCGCUUGCGACGCAGCUUCCCACCAGCCCCGUCUAUUCGUUCCUCGAAGGCCGCCUGCCGCACCCGUCCCUCACAUACACGCGCCUGGCUGAGAUCACGGAGACGUCGGAAUCGGAGCUAAUAAACCGGCUGAUUGGCGAGCGCAAGACACGGCUCGGGGCGAGGAUCGCAGAGGUGACCUCAGAGACGAGGCGGGAGGUCUACCAGAAGAGCGAGUUAGAGGCGUUAUACCAGAACAUCAUCGACUGGACGAAUGAUGAUGAGACGAGGAGGGGGUAUGAAGAGAAGCUACUCCAACGUGCUUAUGACCUGCUUGUCGUGUUGCCCAUGCAGGAGAAGAAGGACAAAAGGGAGCAGGUCAUGAAACUAGCGCAUGACAUGGUCAUCAUCAAGCAUCCGUUCUUGUUGGCAUGGCGAAUCGAGUUUGAAUGGAAGGAUGGUUGAGGGCUCUGAGAACCAGUUGAGGCUCCCCUGAGGUGAUUUUAUCGUUCUGAACGACCGUGACGACGUUACGAUAUUCAUGCAUAAUAGUUGCACGUUUUGGCUCAGCACACGGCGUUUCGUAGCUCUAACAUUGUGGACCAGAAGCGAUACUAUUUUCAACCCAAUUUUCUACGAGAUCUCAAAUCACACGCCUCGAAUCAUGUCUUUGAAUACGUGAUUGGUAGCUUGACGGACCUCUGCAGGUACUACUGAGAUCGAGCUUUAGAUGCAACGGCUUUAACGAGCUGAAUCGGACCUUGGGUACUUUGUAUCUUUGGUUACCACUCUCUUGCACUAAGCUCUAGAUUAGCCGUCUGCGUAUGAAGUUUUUGAGUACUUGAUGCGCCCCUGAUGGACCUCAGCAGAUAUCACUCAAAAAUACUUUUAAUGUCAAGCGUUGAACGAGCU